CCCGAAAAUCCCAGAAGAAAUAUCUCUCCCCUCACACUCUCUCUAUCUUACUUUUUUCCAUCUCCUCUCUCUUAUAAUUCUGACUUCACUUUCCACCGCGCAAACGCCAAAAUCCGUCCAAAACUCGUAAAAAACACGGAAUCCAAACGUAAGAAAAUGGCGGAUAAAGGCGGCGGAAUCGGCGGCGGAGGAGCAAAGCUUGAUGCUGCUUCUGGCGGUGCAGCUCAAUUAGAAGGAGGCGCUGUUACUUCGCCGGCUCCUCGCGUUCUCGCCAUCUCCGCCGGAGCAAGUCAUUCCGUUGCUCUUCUUUCUGGGGAUGUCAUCUGUUCAUGGGGAAGGGGAGAGGAUGGCCAACUUGGCCAUGGAGAUGCUGAAGAUCGAUAUUUGCCAACUCAGUUGAGUGCAUUGAAUGGACAUGAAAUAACGUCGGUCACAUGUGGAGCUGAUCACACAACUGCGUACUCGAAAUCCUUGAAUCAAGUAUACAGCUGGGGAUGGGGUGAUUUUGGACGGUUGGGUCAUGGAAAUUCUAGUGACUUGUUUACUCCCCAGCCUAUAAAAGCAUUUCAUGGUCUAAAAAUCAGGCAAAUUGCAUGUGGAGAUAGCCAUUGUCUGGCAGUUACUAUGGACGGAGAGGUUCAGAGCUGGGGGAGGAAUCAAAAUGGUCAAUUAGGCCUUGGCACUAUGGAGGAUUCUCUCGUGCCCCAAAAAAUUGCAGCAUUUCAGGGAAUAUCUGUAAAGAUGGUGGCUGCUGGUGCUGAACACACUGCUGCUGUGACGGAAGAUGGUGAACUUUACGGUUGGGGCUGGGGCCGUUACGGCAACCUGGGCUUAGGUGACAGAAAUGACCGCUUAGUUCCUGAAAAAGUUUCAGCUAUUGAGGGAGAAAAAAUGAUUCUGGUUGCUUGUGGAUGGAGGCAUACGAUAUCUGUCUCUUCUUCUGGUGAAUUAUAUACUUACGGGUGGAGCAAGUAUGGUCAGUUAGGACAUGGAGAUUUCGAAGAUCAUCUCACCCCUCAUAAGUUGAAAGCCUUGAGCAACUGUCCUAUUUCUCAGAUAGCAGGUGGUUGGAGGCAUACCAUGGCCUUAACAUCAGAAGGAAAACUUUAUGGUUGGGGAUGGAACAAGUUUGGACAAGUCGGUGUUGGUGACAAUAUUGAUCACUGCUCCCCUGUACAAGUUAAAUUUCCAUUUGAUCAGAAAGUUGUUCAAAUAUCAUGUGGCUGGAGACACACACUUGCUGUCACAGAGAGGCAGAAUGUGUUUUCUUGGGGGAGAGGCACUAAUGGACAGCUUGGACACGGGGAGUCUGCAGACCGGUAAGGAUAUGUGUUUGAAUAUUGACAUCAAAUUACUGGAGUCUGUGCUCAUAAUUCCUAAGGGAUGACCAAACUUAAAGAAACAGUAUUGUUUAAGGCAUGACUAAACUGAAAGAUAUCAGUUUUCCAAAAAUGAAUCAAACUUGCUCAGAAUUUUUCAUUUCUGUGGUUCUUUUGUUAAUCUGUCUAUGUUUGAGAAGAAAACAUCAAUUGAAUUUAUAGACCAAAAGUCUAUGGCAUAUUUAAGUUAACUUUGGAUUGGAGAAAACGAGGUGCUUUCUUAUGUAAAUGUGAAUACAGUAAAUUUACACUUUUAAAGAUUUUUUUCUUUUUUCUUUUUGGUUUUAGUCCAAUGACUUCGAUUGUAUUACAUUUUGGUAAUGUUGGCCUUAUACACUGGCACUUCUGUGUUCAAUUUUCUUUUAACAUGUCAUUUGACUACUUGUUUACCGUAGUUUAGGGCAUGAUCUCAGUGUCUCUUAUUGGCAACUAUAAUGAUUUACUCAUUUGUUAUUGAUUUUCAACAUAUCGGGUUUCGGAUCUUUGUUAUCUGUUGUAUUGGACUGUGUUAGCAUGUUUGUUUAUGAUUCUCUUUUCCAAUUGAAGAAAUAUUCCAAAGAUCAUAGAGGCAUUGAGUGUUGACGGGGCAAGUGGACAACUGAUAGAGAGUUCAAAGUUUGAUCCAUCCUCAGGUUUUGUCUGAAUUCUUUACGUUCUACUGUACUUUUGUAGUUACCGAGAUUAUAAAUAUGUAUUGGGCCUCACAUUAUUUGCUUCUCCGUUUUCCCUUUUUUAGCAGAGAAAUCUUGGGUCUCGCCAACCGAGAGAUAUGCUGUUGUCCCUGAUGAUAAUGUACGUAGUAGUAAUCUCUGUCAUCAAUCUUCUUCUUCCCAUACUAUGCAAUGUUGAAUGCUUAACUUCGUAAUUAUCUCUCAUCUGUAACUUCCUCUGAUCACUUACUAGGUUUGAUUACAGUGUAAUCCAUACUAGUUUUUUGUUUCCCCGAGUUGCAACUUGGACUAGGCCUGAUUACGGCAUAAUUCAUACUAUGCCCCUUUAUUUUGGUGCAUUUGAAAUCCGGCUUGGCCCUGUGCAUUUGUGUAAAAAUCCGUGUUACUGCUCUUGUAGACUCAAGCACAAGUGAGCAGUUUGGUCCGCGGCAACGGAACUGAUGUGGAUGUCCCUGAAGGUGACGUGAAAAGGGUUCGAAUAUGAGAAAGCUAUUUGCUCCAGCAGUUAACCCUGCGCUUCGAGCAACUUGAACAGAUUGGAGAAAUUUCCAGCCAUACUUUUGUCCAAGCAAGCAUCAUUUAGCAAUUGGCAUUGCAUACAAUCUUCAUGUGCUCUUUUGACACCAAAUGUGACAUCCAGAAUAUCUUCAUUGUAGAAUUUUCAGAUGUUAUAUCUUCUGAUGUUCUACAAUGAUGAAAUACUGUAGUGUUCACUGUAAUAGAAUCUGUAAGAAGUUGGAUUCAGAUGUAAAUGAUCUGGAAUACUUUCGGAAACAACCGUGGUCAAUCAUUUUUCUUUUCUUUUUUUUUUUUGGUAGCUCUUGUUGGAUGUCUCUGAUUAAGCAACGGCUGGACUAUUGUAAACUUGUUCAUGAGAAAGAAAGGUGAAUUGCUUCUUGUGCUGCGUUUGACCAUUUGGUUCAUGCUUUCAUUUCUAGAGCAGGUCUAUGAUGUUUGUGGAACUCGGUUGUUGUAACAGAAGGAUUUUCUGCAUUUCUUCCUAGUAUCAACUCCGUACAAUCAAGCUCUCGCUAAUCAUACUAAGUCUAUUCAUAAUUCUGUGAACAGUUAAAGGAA